CUGCUACUGUUUAUCACGCUGCUGGAAUUUAAUCUCAGGAAUAUGGCCAAAACCAGUGGAACUGUGGAUGCAGUGAAGGAAUACCUUACCGAUCUCGUAGUGCCCCAUCAUCGCUGCAAUGUCAACAUCAUACCUGAUCACAUUACCAUGCUGCACGGCACCAAGAGCAAAAAGCAGCUCAGCCGCAAGCGGCGUGCACACAAAUCCAACACGCUGACCAGGAAACAAUACGCUGAACUGGGCCUAAAUACACUGCCCAGGAAACAGUUGCGCUACGAACAGAUGCUGCCACUGCACAAACUGUGGCGAGGCUAUAUACGCGAGCAUCUGGAGCUUGAGGAGGGCGACGAGGUGCCACAACUGCAUGAGAAGCGCUACGAUGAAUUUAGCAAGCAAUUGGUCAAGAUGGACUUCCACGGCGCCAAGCUGCGUGUGCUGCAGUCCAAAUGUCAGACACUAGUCGGAUUGAAUGGUAUAUGUGUGAUGGACACAAAGAAUGUGCUGAAGCUGCUGGGCGAGGAUCAUGUGGUACGAACGGUGCCCAAGAGCGAAUGCGUCUUUGGUCUCAAUGUGGGCAAUAUGGAGUUCACCAUCUUUGGACAGCAUCUGACGAUGCGACCAGCGGAGCGCAGCGUCAAGAAAAUCAAGAAUUACGUGGAGCCCUUCAUGUAGCAAAGUCUCGAGGGAAUCAUUUAUAAGAUGCUUAUUAAGUUUGAUAGAAAUAUAGUUCCUAACAGUAAGAAAAUAAAUUCGAAGAGUAAUGUUUUUGAAAU